AGUAUGCCGGGUACCCUAUGCUUAUAAAGACCAUUGAGAGAGAAACAGGCGAUGAGGACUUGUUUUCUAAAUCGGCUCCAAUCCUGACAGCUGCUAGUGAAGUGGCCUAUCACACUAUGAACAACAGUGCAUUGAACUCAGAGGAGCUGUGUAGAGAGAAUGGAAUACCAAUCCUUCAAGCAGCCUUCGCCAGGUGUGUUAAUGUCAUUUCUGAGUCCAGCAAAGAGGACGACAUGUCUGUCCAGGUCUGUUCACACAUUGCCAAGUGUUAUAGAGUAUCCUCUCAGUUUGAGACGUGUCGUGAGUCGAUUGUGGAGACACCCAACAUUGUCAAAGACCUCUGUAGAAUUAUGUAUUAUAAGAACCUUCCAAGAUUAAAUGUAAUAGCAACAGAAACUGCUUCAUCUUUUGCCGUUGAUGAGUGGUUACAGACACAGCUGCUACAAGCUGGUGUCCUGUGGCAUGUGUUACAGUAUAUAUUCAAUUAUGAUUAUACUCUUGAUGAAAGUGGAGUUGAAACCAACGAAUCAACCAACCAACAGGAAGUUGCUAAUAAUCUGGCGAGACUUAGUUUGGUAGCAGCUGCAAGACUAGGAGGAUUUAAAUUGGCUGGCAGUGAAGGAACACCUUAUAAUAAAACCAUACAGUCCAUAUUCUCCAACCUACUCACUCCAUACUUAGCUAAACUAAUAUCAAGAAACACAACAAAUGAAUUGCUAAAGAUAUUGAAUAGUAACACUGAGAAUCCUUACCUUAUAUGGGAUAACAGGACCAGAGCUGAACUGACCGACUAUUUGCUGACACAGCAAAAGAGCAUGAUUAGAUCAGGAGAGUGUGAUAUGUCAUUUGGUGAGGACUUCAAGUACUCCGUGCUAAAGGAUGAACUGGUUAUUGGUGAGGUCUAUAUUCGUGUUUAUAACGAGCAGCCAACCUUUGUACUGGAGGACCCCAAGGGGUUCGCCACUGCAGUACUGGACUUCAUUGGAUCUAAUGCACAAGUACAUUAUGCUAUGAUUUACUAUAAUUUACUAUGA